CCGGAGAUGACAAGCCAGAACUCCAGGAGUCCAGGUUGUGAGCUGGAGUGCUGCGGCUGACCCGGGUGUUUGCGGGGGUUUUGGCUCAGCGUGGAGAGCAUUCUUUUUAAAACUCGCGUCGAUCCCUCCCCCGUUUCGUGAAGGGGACGCCCGACAGUCUCGAUCGCUCCAUGGUGCGACCAGUGUCCGGCGCGCCACAGUCAUUCGUUUGAACCACCGCAUCAGUUCCAAGAUGCAUCGUCUCUCGCUUCAGUCACUCAUUGCCAUCUCGGCCCUGGUCCGGGGCAUCGCUGCCGGCGUUGUGGACGCGAACCACCACGGCUCUGAAUCUGAUGCCCUGACCCUGACCAAGCCUCCCAAGGUUGUCACGGUUGUGGUGAGCAAGACGCUCACGACUUGCCCGAGCCCUAGCCCGCCUCCGCCGUGCUCCGAUGUUACCGAGUCUGGGUCGGUCUCGACCAGCUUGACCGGGCCCUCGUCCAUCGCCAAGACAUUGUCCUCCUGGGGUUCCUUCGUCAGCACCGAGAGCUCAUCCGAAACAAGCGGCCCUUCCGGCACACACACCUCUUCUGGUGUCAGCCUGUCCGGCACGACGACCAGGUCGAGCGUCGGCCCGUCGUCGAGCACCAGUAGUUCGGGCAGUUCUGCCUCCGUCUCUUCCGGUUCUGCCUCUUCCAGCAUCGGCACCUCUUCCGAUACAAGCCUGUCCAGCACAACGGGUGUGUCGAGCGCUAGUGUGUCCUCUAGUGCCACCGCCUCGAACACGUCUGCCUCCGCCUCUUCUGGGACGGCCACCUCUUCCGGCGUCAGCCAGACCGGCACAACCACCGAAUCGAGCGCCAGUGGCUCGUCGACCAGCGAGACGGAAACUUCUACGUCGGCGUCUUCUACGGUCUCUCCUCCUGUCUCUUCUUCCACCGACCUGUCGAGCACGGAUUCGUCCAGCACCACUACGCCCAGCACCAGCAGCUCCAGUGUGAGCGAGUCAAGCAUAACCUCGAGCGCGACGCCGAGCACGGAUUUGUCCAGCACGGCUUCGGCCAGCUCCAGCACCGGCAGCUCUAGCACUAGCGAGUCCAGCACGACUUUGAGCACGACUUUGAGCACGACUUUGAGCACGACCUCGAGCACGACCUCGAGCACGACGUCGUUCAGCUCCAGCUCCAGCUCAUCCAGCACCUCCACCACCAGCUCGACCAGCACCUCAAGCAGCAGCAUUGCGGCUCCGGAAUGCACCGACUUCUGGCUCGAGAAGAUCCAGCACCAGGGCGUUGCCCCCUUUGCUGGCUCGGGCUACAAGGUGUUCCGCAACGUCAAGGACUACGGCGCCAAGGGCGAUGGCGUGACCGACGACACCGAGGCGAUCAACCGGGCCAUCAGCGAGGGCAGCCGCUGCGGCCCGGGCUGCACCGGCAGCACCAAGACGCCAGGCCUCGUCUACUUCCCGCCGGGCACCUACAUGGUCUCGGCUCCCAUCAUUGACUUUUACUACACGGACCUGAUCGGCAACCCCGGGUGCAUGCCAGUGCUCAAGGCAACAGCCAGCUUUACCGAGCGCUGGCUCUUGGACACGAACCCGUACGGCCUCAAUGGGAAGGCCUGGGGCGCCACUAACGUCUUCUGGCGCAAGGUUGCCAACUUCGUCAUCGACAUCACCAAUGUCCCUGCAAGCCAGCUCAUUGCGGGCGUCCACUGGCCUAGCUCGCAGUCGACGUCGCUGACCAACAUCGUCUUCAAGUCGUCCGAGGCCCCCGGCAACCAACAUCAGGGCCUGUUCAUCGAAGAGGGCUCCGGCGGCUACGUCGGCGAUCUGGUCUUCUACGGCGGUGCCCAGGCCAUGUCCAUCGGCAACCAGCAGUUCACCUUCCGCAACAUCACGGUCCACAACGCCCACACGGCCAUCCAACAGCUGUGGUCCUGGGGUUGGACCUACAAGGGCGUCAGCAUCAACAACUGCGAGGUCGGCUUCGACUUCACGGCUGCCGGCGACGGUGGCCUCAAUGUUGGCUCCAUCACCAUCCUUGACAGCGAGGUCAGGAACACCAAGGUCGGCAUUACCUACGGCAGCGCCGGCGCAUCGAGUCCUCCGGUGGCCAACAACUUCGUCUUCGAGAACCUGCGCUUGGAGAACGUGCCGACGGCUAUCCAGAACCCAUCCGGCACCGUGCUCGCCGGGUCCUCCGGGCAGACCGUGAUCGAAGCCUGGGGCCGCGGCCACGAGUACACCUCCUCGUCCGGCCCGACCUUCUUUGAGGGUCCCAUCCAGCCCAACACGCGCCCGGCCUCGCUCGUCGCCGGCACCGCCUUCUACGAGCGGUCCAAGCCGCAAUACGAGAACCUGCCCGUGUCGGAAUUCGUCAGCGCGCGCUCUGCCGGCGCCAAGGGCGACGCCACCACCGACGACACGGACGCGCUGAACGCCCUCUUCGCCUCGGCCGCCGCCGCCAACAAGGUCGUCUUCCUCGACGCCGGUAUGUACCUCGUCACCAAGACGAUCCACAUCCCGCCGGGAUCCCGCAUCUUCGGCGAGCAAUUCCCCGUCAUCCUCUCGUCCGGCGCCUUCUUCGCCUCGGCCUCGUCCCCGCAGCCCGUCGUCCAGGUCGGCACCCCAGGCUCGACCGGCCGCAUCGAGUGGUCCAACACCAUCAUCUCGACGCGCGGCGCCCAGCCGGGCGCCAUCCUGCUGCAGUACAACCUCGCCUCGCCCACGGCGCACCCCUCGGGCCUCUGGGACGUGCACACCCGCGUGGGCGGCUUCGCCGGCUCCGACCUGCAGCUCGCGCAGUGCGCCAAGACGCCCGACGUCGUCGUCACGCCCGACAACCUCGCCACCGAGUGCGUCGCCGCGUUUAUGUCGAUGCACAUCACCGCCUCGGCGGCGUCGCUGUACAUGGAGAACUGCUGGCUGUGGGUUGCUGAUCAUGACAUUGAGGAGGGCGCCGACAACCAGCAAAUCACCGUCUACGCGGGCCGGGGCCUGCUUGUCGACGGCAGCCCUGGCCCGCUGUGGCUGGUCGGGACGAGCGUUGAGCACCACCAGCUGUACGAGUACCAGUUUGUCGGCGCGGCCGAUGUCUUCAUGGGCCAGAUUCAGACCGAGACCGCCUACUACCAGCCGAAUCCCGACGCCACGCUCCCCUUCGCGUCUCUCCCCGAGUAUUCGGACCCCGUGUUCGCCGCCGGCGAGAGCGGAUGGGGGUUGAGGGUGGUCGAUAGUAAGGGGCUGCUGGUGUAUGGCGCGGGGCUGUACAGCUUCUUUGACAAUUACGAUGUCAACUGCAGCCAGAUCGGGCAGGGCGCGCGAUGCCAGAAGAGGACGUUUAGUGUCGAGGGAGAGAGCGAGGUCAGGGUGUAUAACCUGAAUACCGUCGGCACCAAUAAGAUGAUUACCGUGGACGGGGUGGACGUGGCGAAUUACGAGGACAACAUUGACGGGUUUGUGCACUCGAUUUCGCUGUUUGGGACCGUUGCCGAGUAGCACUUGACUCGGACGGUUUCCAUGUCUCGUUUAUUCCCUUCAGCGGUGGGAGGCCAUUUUUGAUGAUGUUAAGCGGCUUGGGAAGACGUUGACGACGGCAUCCCUGGAUCGGACGAGGUGACGAUAUCUUGGAUAAUCGGGCUGGGGUGCCACCCGGAUGUAAUGGAUGAUCUGGUUUCUUUCUUUGCAUACUAGUCCCUUAUCAGAUGUGUCAGUCCUUCAGUCAAGCUCCGACCCGACCUAAAGCAGCGGGAUAAAAACUUGAGCUAUAAUUUCAAAGCACACGUAUAUAUGCUCUAGGCGGCUGACGAUGUCUCCCGAGUUGCCUACUAAGCCUGUGAAACCUCUGAGCAGUGUAAUAGUCGGGAUAGUAGCGUUGGCUUCAUGUUAUGAGAGCUGCCGGGGUGGCUGGAGAGCUUGGUGGCG